CUAAGGCAGUGUUGACUGUGGCGUCGAAAGGAGAGGUUGCACGGCUUUCGCCUCUCCAACACCUCCACCACCACCACCACCACCUCCUCCUCCACCAUUGCUCCACCACGUCCCUCCGCCGCUGAGAUACCCUGACCGCAUAGGUUGCACAAAUACCCCGUCUGGCUGAUAUAUAUCGAGAAAAGGAAUAUCUGUGCUUCGUUUUGAAAAAAAAAGGAAAUUAGGAAAGAAAAAAAAAAUAAUAGAAAAAUAUACAUCAGUAAUUUGAAUUAAGAAUAAAUAAAUAAAAUCAGAUACGUCAUAGCUACGAAUAGUCAAUAAUUUUUUUUUUGUAUCUUUUUAUCUCUUUAUCCUCCUCCACCUCUUAACUCUCUCUCCCACACUCCCUCUCUCUUUCCAUCUCUUCUUCCAUUCCCCUCCGCGAUUAUUGCCUUAUCUCGCACCUCCCCCUUUCGCUCUCUCCCACCUGCUCGUUUACUGCCUGUCUCUCCAUGCCCUCUCGGUUAUUUUUAACCUUCUCGAGCCCUCUGGACCUGACUCGUGUGCUGGCAGUCGCGUAGAAACCCCGCGUGCCCAGGUCUCCUCACGGGGCAUAGUGUACUCAAAGGCCCAGUAGUUGUGUGAAGUGCCCAAGGGAAACACGAACAGCAGGACCUCAGGGACGUCGAGGAAAGGACGCCAACGAACCCCCCUCCUCCUCAGCACCGUCUGAAGCGGAGGAUUCUGAGUUUUCUUUGCUCUCCCAUUGCUUCUUCGAGUACUGGUCCUUCCUUCUGCUUCUGUGUUGCCGAAGACUUCAGCGACCUGUCAGCAUGGCGAAUGCAAUAGAAGCGCCCCUUCUGAAGUCCACCAGGAUGCUGCAGGAUAGCGAGAUGCCGGGUUUUUUCAAGGACUACUUCAGGGUGAUCCGGAAAUCGGUGACCAACGAUGAGUUCAACCAAUUUUCGAAGCUCAAGACGGACGCCGAACGAGUCAAGUUCAUCUUCAACCUGCCCGCGGCGCACGAGAUCGACAUCCAGACAUUUUACAAGGGCAAAUCCGAGAAAGAGGCCAUGGAAAAGAAGGAGGCUGGAAACAAGCUCUUUGGGAGAAAGAAAAAUAUGGAGGCACUUAAAUUAUACAGCCAGGCGGUGGUACAUGCACCUGUGCCGACGGGUAAAUAUUGGAAGUUAAUCAAGGAAUGCGCAGACCCGAAGAAAAUGACUUUGUAUGCUAUCUGUCUCGCCAACCGGUCAGCUGCGCUUUUCCACCUGAAGGAAUUCUACUACUGUAUCAAGGACAUAGAUGAGGCUCUGGAACAUCAUUAUCCUAGGGAACUCAAGCACAAAUUGUACAAGCGGAAGGGUCGACUCCUUGUCAACAUGAGGCAGUAUGUGGACGCUCGGGAGGCCUACCGACAGGCCCUCAAGUGGCUGGACUGGGCCAAGGUCGAGCGGGAGAAGAGAAUCGACCUGCAGGGUGAUGUGCAGAAGUGGCUGAAGAUGUUUGAUGGGUCGAAAAACUUGGUGAAUCAUGAAAACGAGUUCGACCCGUCAGUCCUGUUCCCCAAAAUCCCCGACCUGUGCCAGGGUAAGAACGAGCAAUUCCCGUCCCUCAGCAAAAAACUCACCGUGAGCGAGGACAACAGCCAAGGUCGCUAUGCCAUCGCCAAGGAGGAUAUCGAACCUGGAGAUGCCCUGGUUACCGAGAAACCCUACGCCUCCGUGCUCCUGAGGGAGGAAUUCGGAAGCCACUGCCAGAACUGUUUCUUGCUGACGAAAGCACCUGUUCCCUGCAAGAAGUGUUCCAGCGUCCUGUUCUGUUCAGUGGAAUGUCGCAAUGCCUCUUAUUUCCACCAAAUCGAGUGCCCGAUCCUGGACCUUCUUGUGGGUUCUGGCAUGUCCAUCAACUGCUUCCUGGCCCUCAGGAUUAUCACGCAGUCGCCCAUCUCCUUUUUCCUGGAGAUGCAGGACAAACUCGAGAACGAGAAGCUGAAGGAAACGACAGAGGCCAAGGAAAUUUACGACCCCACGGACUUCUUCCGCCUGUACAACCUUGUCACCCACUCUGAACAGCGGACCCCCGAGGACUGGUUCCAUCGCACCUGCAUGGUCGUCUUCUUGCUGAAGGCCCUGAAGAAGACUAAGUACUUUGAGGAUAAGGGUACACAGAUCAAUUACCCACUUUUUAAGGAUAAAGUGGACAAGGUGAAUGACGUUGAAGCCUACAUUGGGGCUCUGCUUCUCCACUUCCUUCAGGUGGUGCAGUUCAAUGCUCAUGAAGUCUCAGAGUUUGUGACAUUAACACCCAAGUCCUUGACCGGAGCCAAGAACGAGACGAUUGGUGCUGCUAUUUAUCCUACACUAGCCCUUUUCAACCACUCCUGCCAUGGUGCACAAGUCAGGUACUUCAGUGGAAACAGUGUAAUUACCAAGGCCAUAAGACACAUUGCCAAAGGAGAGAUCGUCCCAGAGAACUAUGGCCAGCAUUAUGCCUCGAGGAACAAGAGCCAGAGGAGAAAUGCCCUGCUUGACAGAUACUGGUUUGAGUGCAGCUGUGAGGCUUGUCAGAAGGAUUGGCCUCUGUUCAAGGAAAUGGAGCACAAAGUGAUGUACUUCAAAUGCCACAAAUGCCAAGGUCCAUUGCCGGUCAACAUUGCCCAGACAGUCAUACCAUUCUUCAAGUGUGACCGCUGUGGAGAUCAGACAAACAUCCUGGGAGCUCUGAAGAACUUGCAGAACACUGAGCAGACAUUCAAGGCCGCAUGCAAAGAGAUGGAGACCUUCGACUUAGAGAAGGCCGAAUCUCUCCUCGUUGAGAACAUGAAGCAACUGGAUGCGGUCCUAUACCCUCCUUACAGGGAUUACCACCUCACCCAGGAGGCAUACAUGCGCUGCUGUCUCCACGCGGGCAACCACAGAGUAGGAGAUCCCAAACCUGACCCCAAGCCUGAAGAAUCCUAAGCUGGAGAACAGAGAAGAGUCAUUCACGGUAGUUUUUUUUUUCUUCUUUUUUUUAUAGGAUGGAAACAGCUUUACUUCUGAGGCUUGUCAAUGGUCAUGUGUUUUGUGAAAGUUACACAUUUGUAUAUCAGGACAACUGUUAUUGUAAGGUCAAUAGGUGAAAUGUUUCUACAAAUCCUAUAUACAAAAGCACCAUAGUUUUGACUAGGCUGCUGUGUAUGUAGUAAAGUCUAUUGAAAUUAAAAGUCAUUUAUUGCAUUAAGGUUAAAGAAAAAAAAAUGGUAUUAGUUGUAUUGCUUUGCUGAGCAUGUUAUUUGCUUAAGCCUUUAAUUAAGGUAAUGAAUUGGGAUUAAUUCUUAUGAAAGUCUUUAAGAAAUAUUAGAGUUAAAAGGUACACAUUAUUCUUGUCCUGGAAGAGUGAAUUUUCACUUGCAUAUAUAUGAUAGUGUAAUUUGAAUGUAUAUUGUAAGAUAUUUCUUUUAGAUUUUUUCUCUAAGAGUUGGUAGAGAUAAUAUUUCCUGUCUAUGGAAUAUUGCUAUAAAUCACUGACUGGCAA